GUUCGCGUGCAGGCGAUUUCGGGGUGUCUGUGUUCCUUCCUUCCUUCCUUCCUUCCCUCCGCGUCAGUCGAUCCCUUUCUCUGUCUCUCUCUCACACACCCGAAGUCUGCUCUAGGGCGGACUUGGUUGUUUGAAUGGGGAGCUUUGUCUUUGCCGGGGAAACCCCCUCCUUUCAAACCCUUCGCCCUUCCGCCUCCUCCACUCCACUUCUGUGUUGUUUUUUUUGUCCAACCAACAUCUCAGGUCCGGUUAACCCUCUCCUCGCAACUGCGCCCCUUUUGCCGGAUCUCUCUUUUUGUGUGUAUGUGUGUGUUUUGUUGCGUGUUGUUUCGAAAGCCGGGAGAUUUCGAAAGCCUUUUUGUUUUAUUUUUUUUUGUUUUAUUUUUUUUUGUUUUUUUUUUCAAAUCCCCCGCGCCAAAACGCGCGCGCUCCGCGGGCUGCGCUUUUGGGUUUGUUUUGUAUUUUUACGCGCGCCGGUUCCGGCUUCUCCAAAUGCGCCCCGGCUGGAGUUCUAAAUUGCGGGAUCGGGGCGAGAUCGUUUCCAUAUUUUUUUUUCUUUCCCUCCAGAAAACCCGGUAUUUCAUUACCAAACUAGGUAACAGCCUUGGUGGCGCAGCAGACUAAAGUGUUGUUAAGUAGCACCAGCUGCCUGCAAUUACUGCAAGUUCAAAUCUCACCAGGCUCAAGGUUGACUCAGCCUUCCAUCCUUUCGAGCUCUGAACUUCGUAAGAAUGACCAGAAGAUGCCAGAUUUCGGCGUAAGAGGGUGCCUGCGGGGUGUGUAAACAAAGGUAAAAGACUUUUUCAUCAACUCCUGAUUUCAUUCGUUUGGAGACUCGGGGUGCCCUUUUGAGACAAAGCUUCCAUCCCUCUCAGCCUCGCCUUCCAGGAAAAACAGUCCCGUUGCUGAGUUGAGAUCCUUCAUUUCCCGAAAUCUCUUGCAUUUGCAGAGAGAGGGGGAGGGAAAUUCAUUUGCGUGCCUAUUCCGGGGAUGUCUGCAAAACAGGGAUCGACGCCGAACCUUCAGUUCCAAGGUCCCUCAGAGCAGGGAGCUCACCGCAGAACAAAAAUGGAAGACGAGGAACCUGAAACGCCAGACCCAGAGGAAAGGUGGAGGGGCAAAGCGGUGGUUUCUCGCCGAUCUCGAGAAAAAAACGAGAGGCUGCCCAAAGCGAGGACGGCCCAGCACAAAGCGCAUCACAACGCCAGUCGUUCCCCUCGUUCGGGGUGGAGGAAUCUACUGCGCCCCACGGAGUUAGAAGACCGGCGGAGAUUCUCUCCCUCCGCUGAGGGGACAGCAGUCACCCGCCUGUGGCCCAGGGUUGGCCGGGCCAGCCGGCAUCCUUUGGUCCUCAGCGAGGAAAGCUCAGAGCCCCAAAACCUCUUGGACGCGGGAGAAAUUGGAGAAUCGGGGAUGGUCAAGGUGAAGGAAGAAAUUCUGGGAGACGACUCGGCCAGCAUGGAGAUGAAACGCCAACGUUUCCGCCAGUUCCGCUACCAGGAGGCCGAAGGUCCUCGCGAGGUGUGCAGCCAGCUCUGGUACCUCUGCCACCGGUGGCUGAAGCCGGAGAGACACACCAAGGAGCAGAUCCUGGAACUGCUGAUCCUGGAGCAGUUCCUGGCCAUUCUGCCCCCGGAGAUCCAGAGCUGGGUCCGGGAACAUGAGCCAGAGACCUGCUCACAGGCAGCUUCCUUGGCUGAGGAUUUCCUGCAGAUGCAGCGGGAAGUGGAGAGGAAAGAACAGCAAGUGCUCGGGCUGUUUGAAAUGGAUAACGAGGAUUCUCCAGAGGCCGAGGCCGAACAGCCUCCGUCCGUCGCCGUGCCAGAGCCUCUUUUCAGAGAAGCCAAGCAAGAAACCGACGAAGAAGAACACAGCAAUUUAGGAUCUCUCAGGCAGGUGGAAGCGCGGAGGGGGCCCCCUCUCCCCCUCUAUCCAGAAGAGGGCAGCUCUGAUGACGAAGGCCUGCUGGACCUGGUCUACGCCACUAACCUCGAGCUCCACAGUCGGCGGCCUCCCCGUCGAACCCGCCUCAUCCGGAUGCGCACCCACGAGCUCCAGGUGUCCGACGAGGAGUGCCUGACCCGCUUCCGGCUGGACCGCCAGGCCAUCCAGGACCUGUGCACUCUUCUGGCCCCUUACCUAGACGGGGCCUCGGCGAGUCGACGGCACAUUCCGACGUUACAAAAAGUCCUGAUAGCCCUCCAGGUUCUCGGCACCGGCUCCUUCCAGAGAAUGACGGGAGAUAACCUGCGGGUAUCUCAAUCGUCCGUCAGCCGCUGCUUGGAUGCGUUCCUGGAGGCCAUGUUGCGUCACGUACACGAGCACAUCACGUUUCCUACCACUGACUCAGAGCUGCGACGGACCAGGGAAGCGUUCUUCGACAUCGCGGGAUUCCCCAACGUCAUUGGGAUUGUGGACUGCACCCACGUGCCUAUUAUAGCCCCUGCAGACAUGCCGGCGCUGUAUCGAAAUUGCCACAACUUCCACAGCCUCAACGUGCAGGCCACUUGCGACGCCUCGGGUUGUUUUACUCACGUCUUGGCCAAGUUCCCCGGAAGCGUCCACGACGCACGGAUCUUCCAACUCUCCCAAUUGCAAAGGUUGCUUGAGUCGUGGCCGGAAGGGAAGGGGUGGCUCUUAGGCGACUCGGGGUAUCCUUUACGGUCUUUCCUCAUGACCCCGCACGCUGAUGACGGCCCCGAGCCCGUGGCGCGCUACAACGCAACCCACAAGACGACGCGGAUGGUGGUGGAGACGGCUUUUGGGCAGCUCAAGAUGAGGUUCCGCUGCCUUCACUCCACUGGGGGGCGCUUGAUGCUCCGCCCGGAGAAAGUGGCGAAAGUUUUUGUCGUCUGCGCCAUGCUUCAUAACAUGGCCUUGAGACGCCAGCUGCCUAUCAUCAAUGGAGGACAAGGGGUGGACACUGAGGUCCCUGUGCCUCCAUACCUGGAGACCGACAGCAUGGUAGAACAAGAUCCUCAGGGAGUAGAAGUCCGGGAUCAGAUCAUUAGCACUUAUUUCUCACAAUAAAUGAGCUUUUAAUAGGUGAA